AUGUGUGCAGCAUAUGCAGCACAGCAAGGUGAAAGCUAUAACCCAAAAUGUGCUAUGGCAGUGUCCCUCGGUUUAGACAUACACAAAGACAGAAUACUAUACUACAGUGCAGCACCAGGAGCCGAGCAUUUCUCUGAAAUAUUUACAUUUCAUCCAUUAUUGUGUGCUAUAAAGCAACUUGAGUCCGGGAAAGUUACAAAGGAGAAUAUUGCCAGGAUAGCUGCUGUAAAGAAUCAUUUAGGCAAAACAUUAGCAGUUUUAUUAACAGAAUCCAAGGCCAGCCUAAAUGCAAAAUUGACAAAGUUUGGAACAGCAUCUGCUAACAUCGGACGGUCAGGCGCAGAGAACGUACCUAGAAAGCUAAUGUACAAUGGUGUAUUAAUGAAGAAAUUCAUGCACACAGAGAAAAAUUAUGUAAGGGAAGAAUAUGCUGAAGACUUUCUGUCGAGGAUCCGUAAUAGUUUACGUCGUGUAAGUUUGCGCAAUGAUGAAUGGAUGCAAAACUUCAAAUACACAUUGCGCGAGCUGAACGUAUCUCCAUUACCUCGUACCUUUUGGAUAUGGCUGAAUGAUGAAUGCGAAUUCAUGUUGCGUGCGUACGGGGGUCUCUUUUCUUAG